AUGAGGCUGCCCCUGGCUCUGCUGGCCCUGGCCGCCCUGGGGGCCGCCGCCGCCGCCGGCGGGGCGGGCCGGGAGGCGGCGGAGGCGGCGCAGGCGGGGCGGUUCUCCACGCCGGAGCAGCACCGCUGCAGCUGGGAGCUGCGCUCGGCGGCCGGGGCCAGCGAGCUGCGGCUGAGCUGCCGGCCGCCGGCGGGCGGCGGGGCGGCGCGGAGCUGCGCCUACCGCGGGGAGCCGCGGCGCUGCCCCGCCUACGGCGCCCGCAGCCGCCAGUACUGGCGGCAGAUCCUGGGCAGGCUGCGGCGGCGGCGGCACCCCUGCGCCCAGGGCGGCCCGCUCAGCGCCCGCCUCUGCGGCCCGGGCCGGGCGCCGCCCGAGGCGCAGCUCCGCCUGCUGCCCGGCCCCGGCCCCGGCCCCUCCCCGCCGGCCGCCGCCGCGGAGCCCACCGAGGACCCGGCGGAGACCUACUGCGCCGAGCGGUGGCACUCGCUGUGCAGCUUCUUCGUGGGCUUCUGGGAGGGCUGA